AUUAAUUGUAUCUUGACGCGUGGGGCAGAAGUCUCAUUGGACCUUUAAAGCCAUAGAUUAAGAGAGAGAUUCAUUGGUUGUCAUCGUCUAUAUUUACUUCUUGAGAGAGAGAGAGAGAUCGUCCAUAUUUACUCACCUCUGUACUCGUUUGGUAUAUUACGGGAGGAUACUUUUAGUAGUAUUUGAGAGACAGAAAAACAAGAGAAAGCAAACGAAUCGUUCUGUGACUUUAAAUCAUUCUCUUUGAAUCGAAUCGUGGCAUUAUGGACGACUUACAGAAUUACAAGUUACAGCUACAGCAGGUGGAAGCAGCUCUCACGACAGAUCCAAAUAACGAGGAAUUGAUUAAGCUGAAAAUUGACCUGGAAGAAGUAAUAGAGCUGACACAUGAUUUAAUUAAGUCACAACAGCAGGAAAAAAGACAAGCCAAUGGCAUGGAUGCUAAAGAUCCUAUUUUGCUUGCAGUUCUGGCCAAUAAGUGGAAAGUUGGUGAUCAGUGUAUGGCACCUUGGAGUGAGGAUGGCAACUAUUCACUUUACAGAUAUUAUGAAGCAACCAUAGAUGCAAUAAGUGAAGAUGGAGUUGUAAAUGUAACAUUCAAUGAAUAUAAGAAUACAGAUGUUACUAUGCUAAGUCAACUAAAGUCUGUUGCAAAGAGGCCAGCAUCAGACUGGGCGGACCAAAAGUCAAAAAAAAUGCAAGCAGCUGCAGUUGCAGGCUCAGAUCCUAACAAACAAAGAGAAUAUCUUAAGAAAAAAAAGCAGAGGAAACUACAGCGAUUCAAAGAGCUGGAGGAAGAACGUGAGUUAGAGAAAAAUAAAUGGUUAGCGUUUACCAAUAAGUCUUCAAAGAAAGGUGUUAUCAAGAAGAGCAUUUUUGCGACACCGGAAAACGUGAACGGCCGUGUAGGAAUUGGCACUUGCGGUGUCAGUGGUCGUGAGAUGACCAAGUUUAGCAAUGGGGAGAAAUGGAGGCGAGGAGCUUAAAUAGGCGCUGUACAUAAAUUAGAAAUUGUAACUUUGUGAGGUAGAUUCGCGAUAUAUUAUUGGAAAAAUGAAUCAGUAGAAGUCUAAAACUAAUAUAUUUGCGGUAACUGCAACGGCAGUAUGAAGGACACUAUAAUAUAUAAAAAUUAUAAUUUUAUAAACUGUAGCGUUUUUUAUACUGCACUGUUUUAAGCUUUCACUGACUCACUUUUACCUUCUAAUUGUACAUCUAAGAGCCUUAUACAUUUCAAAUUAUAUUAUAUUAUCUUAAGACUCGUCCAUAAAACUGGUACAUGAUGCACUUUAUGUUGUGCGAAUGGUGAGAAUGACUGUGCGAUCGCAAGAAUAGUGAAAUUUUUCAAGUGCGAGUGCAAAUAUCAUUUCUUGUAUCAACGCCGAUCUUAUAAGUUACGAGAUGAUUUUAAAUUUUGUACCGCAACACAAUUCAAAAACAAAUGCGAUGAAUAAAUGUGUUUCUAGAUUAA